UUGCGCAUUUCCUGCACUGCCGUUUAGACAGUCGGGGGAAAAAGAGGCAGGUCUGCAAGAAACGGAGCACCAACGGCGAGGAAGCUGCCUGGAUCAGUGACGAGCAUACGGAAACCGAGAGCGAGGACUAGGGGGGAGACUACUACUCGUUGUCCUCUAAGCGCUAUUUUGUCUACGAACUGACGUGCAUAUGAAACGUCCCAAAUGCGCUGUGGACACAGCAACAUAAUUCCGUCCUCUUUCAGGCAACCAAGGAAUACAAGAGCUCUGAGAGAUUGGUCCUGAAGAGGUCCUGCUUCGGUUUAUUUUGCUCCCGAGGGUUGAGGUGGGGAAUGCUGGUCGAAUCUUUCAUGUGACAUUGGAACAAUUUACAGAGCUGUUUUCGCUCGAUUGUUCAGUCUGGAGGAUAUGAUUUGUGAGCUCUGACACCAAAUGUGUGAUGUUAUUCUGGAGUGCAACGGUCGGAGAGAAAUAUAAAGACAAUCUGUGGUGUGUGGAUCAUAUCGAAACGGGUAAUUUGCAUUCAAUUUGAGCGAGUGCUCACGAGUGAGGAGACAGCGAUUUUCCCGUUAUUUUGAAGGGGAGGCGUGUUCGCAGGGAGACACACACAAGAAGCUACCUAUUCAUUCAGGAAGGCUCUCUACAUUAGAUAGAUUACCCCGUUGGAGUGACAGGGAUCAAGGAACACUCCACCUACCCUUGUUCCAAGUACAUUUUAGAGGGAUUACAUCACCACCAUGGUGGUUUUUAAUGGGUUAUUGAAGAUUAAGAUUCGCGAGGCUCUGGACCUGAAGCCGACGGCCUGGGCGCUGAGACACGCCGUGGGCCCGAAGCCCCAGACUUUUCUAUUAGACCCGUACAUCGCCCUCAACGUGGACGACUCGCGCGUGGGCCAAACCUCCACUAAGCAGAAGACCAACAGUCCCGCGUGGAACGACGAGUUUGUCACCGAGGUCUACGACGGCAGGAAGAUCGAGCUCUCUGUGUUCCAUGACGCGCCCAUCGGCUACGAUGACUUCGUGGCGAACUGCAUCAUUCAGUUUGAGGACCUGCUGCAGAACAGCUCCAAGCACUUCGAGGAUUGGAUAGACUUGGAGCCGGAGGGGAAAGUGUACGUCGUCAUUGACUUGUCCGGAUCGUCCAGUGAAGCUGCAACAGGUCCUGAAAAUGAGGAGCGUGUGUUCCGAGAACGCAUGCGCCCACGGAAACGGCAGGGUGCUGUCCGAAGGCGUGUCCAUCAAGUUAAUGGACACAAGUUCAUGGCCACCUACCUGAGACAACCCACCUACUGUUCUCACUGCAGGGACUUCAUUUGGGGAGUCCUUGGAAAGCAAGGUUACCAAUGUCAAGUUUGCACCUGUGUGGUCCACAAACGCUGUCAUGAGCUGAUCAUCACUAAGUGUGCUGGACUGAAGAAACAGGAGGAUGUGGCCGAAGAGGUGGGAUCGCAACGCUUCAGUGUAAACAUGCCUCACAAGUUCAGCAUCCACAACUACAAAGUCCCCACCUUCUGCGAUCACUGCGGCUCCCUCCUCUGGGGUCUACUCAGGCAAGGGUUGCAGUGUAAAGUUUGCAAGAUGAAUGUACACAGACGCUGUGAAAGUAACGUGGCCCCUAACUGUGGGGUGGACGCACGGGGCAUCGCCAAGGUGCUGUCAGACCUGGGGGUCACCCCCGACAAGAUCUCCAGCACCGCACAGAGGAGGAAAAAGCUCCCACCAGGUCAAGAGCCACAGCCUCUUCCCUGCAGCCCACAGACAGAGGAGGACCGCUCCAAGUCAGCCCCUACUUCCCCAUGUGACCAGGACCUUAAAGACGUGGACAACAUCAGGAAGGCCCUGUCCUUCGACCACCGUGGGGAGGAGCAUAAGUCUGCUUCCUCCUCCUCCACAGCAGCAGUGGGCAUGUCUUCUGAGGGUGUGGCCAAUGAGGGGCGGGAGAACGGGGAGGUCAGGACACUCCCCAUCAAGAGGAUGAACCUGGAUCACUUCAGCUUCAUCAAGGUCCUGGGCAAGGGCAGCUUUGGCAAGGUGAUGUUGGCGGAACUACGGGGCUCAGACGAGGUGUACGCCGUGAAGGUGCUGAAGAAAGACGUGAUCCUGCAAGAUGACGAUGUCGACUGCACCCUGACCGAAAAACGCAUCCUCGCACUAGCCAGGAAACACCCCUACCUAACACAACUCUUCUGCUGCUUCCAAACUAAAGACCGUCUCUUCUUCGUCAUGGAGUACGUGAACGGAGGAGAUCUGAUGUUCCAGAUCCAGCGUUCCAGGAAGUUUGACGAGCAGCGCUCUCGGUUCUAUGCGGCCGAGGUCACGUCGGCGCUGAUGUUCCUGCACCAGCACGGAGUCAUCUACAGAGAUCUGAAACUGGACAACAUUUUGCUGGACGCAGAGGGCCAUUGUAAGCUGGCUGACUUUGGCAUGUGCAAGGAAGGCAUCCUCAACGGCGUCACGACUACCACAUUCUGUGGCACCCCGGACUACAUUGCGCCUGAGAUCUUGCAGGAGCUGGAGUACGGGCCGUCGGUGGACUGGUGGGCGCUGGGCGUGCUGAUGUACGAGAUGAUGGCGGGGCAGCCGCCGUUUGAGGCGGACAACGAGGACGACCUGUUUGAGUCCAUCCUGCACGACGACGUGCUCUACCCCGUCUGGCUCAGCAAGGAGGCCGUCAGCAUCCUCAAAGCGUUCAUGACGAAGAGUCCCAACAAGCGGCUGGGCUGUGUGGUGGCCCAGGGUCUGGAGGAGGCCAUUAAAGGGCAUCCCUUCUUCAAGGAGAUCGACUGGGAGCUGCUGGAGCAGAGGAAAGUCAAGCCGCCCUUCAAACCACGCAUCAAAACUAAAAGGGACGUGAAUAAUUUCGACCAGGACUUCACCCGCGAGGAGCCCGUUCUGACUCCAGUAGAUGAUGCCAUCAUCAAGCAAAUCAACCAGGACGAGUUCAAGGGAUUCUCUUAUUGUGGAGAGGAGACCCACUCUUGAGCUACACACGCACGUGCGCGCACGCACACACACACAUACACACACACACACACACACACACACACACACACACACACACACACACACACACACAGACAUACACAUACAGACAUGUACACACAUUGACACAUCAGUUAAAUGCUAUCUUUCAGCCCUUAAAGCUCACAGAGACACGCACACACAACACACACACACACACACACACACACACACACACACACACACACACACACACACAAACUCACACCUGCUUCCUGCUUUCUUCCACCUUCUCAAGCUCUUCUUCCUCCUCCAUCACAAACUAAUGAGUAAACAGGCACACUAUGAAACAUAGACACGGCUUAGCUUCCCAACUCCAUAUAUAUUCCUGGAGCGGCUCCCUAACUUUGCCCACUCUGUGAUGAUUGGUCAGCAGUGCACAAGAGGAGGGUUAUAGAGAAUAGAAAGUAAUUUCUGAUUGGUUGAUCAGAGCCAAUCUACAAUGCCUGUGUCUAUGUCUAACUAGCUGCUUUGUAGCUGAGGCCUUGGCCUUUCUAAAAACCGAGUGUAGAUUCAACUCAGGUCAACGAUCAAAGCCCAUGGUGUUUGUACACUCUCUCUCUCACACACACACACACACACUCACACACAUAAAGACACACAAACACACACACACACACACACACACACACACACACACACACAUGGAUUAUGUCAUGUUGAGCUACCCCACAUCUCACUCCUCUCCUGGUUCCAGAGUGAGUCCCCGAGAGCCUCGGAAUGUGGUCAAUCUGGAGUGAAGGAAUGUGAAAGACUAGAACAACACGAGCGAGGCGAGAGAGAAAAAGUGGACUGGACUGGGACAUUGUCUGGGAGCUGUCCCUCUGAAGGCGCUCUACUAAUAUUACACGAUUAUACGUUCAAUAUGGGCAGCCAGGCCUCCAUUCACGUAUGGAUGGAUAGAGAGCACACAUUGUGUGUCUGUGUGUGUGCGUGUAUGCGUGUGUGUGUGUGUGUGUGUGUGUGUGUAUGUGCUUCUGCAGUGGUCUUUGUUGUGUUGGAAACAUUUGUCAGAAUGCAAAAACCAAAAUCGACUGAACCAAUGAUUGUAAAACUAAAGGAAACGAGAAGCUGUUUGGCUCAAAGAUAACUGCAUCCAAGUGAAGAGGCAUCAUGUAGAAGAUGCCAUGUGUGGUGUGUGUGUGUGUGUGUGUGUGUGUGUGUGUGUGUGUGUGUGUGUGUGUGUGUGUGUAAAAGUGUGUGUCUUUAAAGGUAUUUAGCAGCAUUGCUAAAUUAAUAGUGAUUAUUAUGACAAAUCAUGACAUACUGUCAUCAUGACAAAUAUGAAUUGCCUUUUUUCUGUAACUACCCAGCUGUUACCAUUUGUAGAUAUUCUAUAACACCCCAUUUACUUGCAAACUCCAUGUGUGUGUGAGCUAGUGUGGUUGUGUGGGUGUAAAUGCGUGUGUGUGUGUGUGUGAGUGCUGAAUAUACCGUAUAGGUUUUGUGUUUUCAACAUAUUAUUAUUCAUACAUACUGUAUAUGAAUAAUUUUCUUCAGCCGUUGUUUUAGCUCUGUUGUGUUACUGUUACUGACCUGGUCUCCAGCUGAUGACAACCUAGAUCUCCUCACAGAGGAGCAGUAGCAGACAAUGAUGUGGUGUGUUCAUCUGUACAAGAUAUGAAACCUAAAAAUGACCACGCCUUGUAUAAACCUACCAACUCCUGCGAAGAGUAGAAGUGUUCCCUGUCGCAUGUUUAUGCAUAUGAUAACAAUGUAUUCCUAGGGUAUGAUAAAAAAAAAAUAAGUUACAAUGUCCAUGUGCAAUAUUCUGUGUGUGUAUAUAUACAUAUAUGUUUGCGUGUGCGUGUGUGUGUGUGUGUGUGUGAGUGUGUGUGUGUGUGUGUGUGUGUGUGUGUGUGUGUGCGCGCAUGUGUGCGUGCCUGUGUUUAUCCUUUUUUUGGUUUACGUAUGUCUUUAGAGUUCUCUGCUGCUUAGGUUGAUUUGUGUUUCUUUGUUAAUUGUUUGUUUGUUUGUUUGUUUUUUUAAAUGCAUGAUGACUUUCUUGCCUCAUUUGUUUUCACUGUCCGUUGCCAUGUCUAUGUGUACCCUGCUAACAGAUUCUAUACAUUUCACUGUUUCGUCGUAAUACAUAUACAAUAUAUACGGGGGAUUUAUUUAUUUUCUGUACGUACAGGCAGAUGCACUAAAUCCCAUGUACCUACCCGGACAAGAUCCAUUAGAAUUUCAGCUUCUGAGCAGUGUCGCCAUUUUGUUUUGACUGAUGGGUUUAAGAUAACCUCAGUCAUUCCACCAGAUGAAAGAGCUGUAGCUUUGCAUUUCUGGAAGGUGGCACACACUCUCACACAUAAAAAAAACCACACUCAGACUGGUGUCUUUGAAUCUCUAUGAAUUAUCACUAUUGAGAAUUAAAAGAGAGUGGUCGAAAUCAACCUGACAUUACCAUCAAUCUCCAAUCAGACUGUGGCACGAGCUAUCUCUCCUUAUUCUAUGUGUCUUCCUAAGUGUCUCGCUCUUUCAGGUCUUUCUCCCUCUCACAUUCCCAGUCCAUUGUCUAUUUUUAAAUAUAUAUAUAUCUGCUGUGAUGUUUUGUAUCUGCUUUGUACAAAUUGAAUCAAAAAUGAGUUUGUAGCAGACACAAAUCCGUAUUUGUAUCUGCUUCAAACCACAUCUCUCAUACAGAAACAGAAUAAGUACACAUGCAAAACGCUGAGCUCCUUUGUGUAACCAAAUCUGUCACAUCAGACAUCUGUGUGUUUUGCUCGCCACAACAAAUACACUGCUUAGACUUAUUCCAAUGCCCUCUUCUCUCCCUCGUUCAUUCAUUUUAAUAUUCUGAGCAAGUUUUUAUCUUGUAGAACUUUUAAGAGCUCACUCCAUAUAGGAAACACUCACAGUCUGUUGUAACAUGACUGAAACCAUAAGGUAAAUAUUUACGUGGCAGAAGAAGUACCUCUUAAAUUAAGUGCAAAAACCAUGUCCAAGUGUAGUAUUAUGUGUAUGUACAUACAGGAGAAUUGUACAUGCAAAACAUGGCGCCCGUUGUGUUUUAUAUUACAGUGUGAUGCAUAUGCUUAUGUGUAUUUAAGUUUAGGUUGUUUAUGUUUGUUUUGUUUUGUUCUUUUUUAUUGUUGUGAAGCUAUUUGUGUAAAGGUCGUCACCCAGAUUUUUUUUUUUUAUUAUUAAUGUCUGCCAUUUUUUGUUCUGUAAUCCCAGAUGGUAGCCCACUCUGAGAGAUCUGGCCUAUGUCUGGCGUGAGCCAGGGCCAGACUCAUUCUAGAGUCCGCUUCUGUCCGGGACUGUAAGCAUCUUACUGUGUGCCAAAUGUACUGUAUUCAAAAGGAUGUGAAUGUGUACUGUUUGUUUUGGAACCUAUUAAAUACA